AUGACUCUUCAAGAUGAACUUGAAGAUUAUAUUAAAGUGCAGAAAGCCAGAGGCUUAGAGCCAAAGACUUGUUUCAGAAGGAUGAGGGAGGACUACUCGGAAAGCUGUGGGUACAGGGAAGAAGUUGAUCCCAGGCCCAGGUAUAGAAGGUUUGAUCAAAGACUCCCGUCUGGAACUGUCCAGACUUACCCAAGACCACACAAUAUUUCACAAACAGAAAACCGGUUACCUCAGUGGUUCCCAGUUCAUGACAACAGGCCAAGACUAGAAUCUCUGAGCUACUGUCAGUACCGUAGAGACUGUUUCUCUGAAAAACCAGCGCCCCUGAACCUCAGCCAGCAAGCAUAUAAUCACGGUUCAGCCAGCACAGACGCUGGAAGUCCCGAGCACCUCUCCUCGGGAGCCAGGACUGGUGCCCAUCCAGCCAGUCAUCAGAAGAGGAGGCACCCAGAGGAAGGCAAAGAGAAACCAAAGGAGGAGCGGCCCAAGCAUAAGAGGAAAAGAGGUCUUGAGGUGGAUUUGGAAGAACAUGAGAGCAUCCAAAGAAAGAAAACUGAGAUGGAAACAGAUGCUGCACAGGGCAGUACAGAAAAGCCUAAGCAUCAAAAGGAGAGGAAAAGCCGAGAGCUGGCCUCUAAGAAGAAGGACUAG